AUGCCCUGGCACGCGUACUCGCACAGGUGGACUCGAUUCUCUACGAAACCGGGUGGUGUCGUCGAAAUACAAACAACGCAGAAGAGAGCGGAAGAGGUAGUCCCCGUGCCCAUGUUAACCCCUCUCGCGAGCCCGUCUCGCACGGAGCGUGAGGCCAAGUCUACCACCGAACGGUCUUCCCCACGGACCGUUGCCAUUCAAAGCGUAGAGGCUGCAAAGCGGCAAUCUCCCUCCCAUGAGCAGCAGGAGGGCCUACAGUUCCCCACGCACCCGGCGAAAACGAAGCGAUAUCUCGUACUUUGUUUUAGUAGCGGCGCGCACCGGAUGGCGGUCCGCAACAUCGACCUCACCAACGUCCACCACGACGAGAUCCUAUUCCGAAAAGCGCGGGAGGCAUAUGAUGAGGCAAAGGCCGCGCAGUUCCGUAACCCCUUUAUCGUGGCGCGCACAAUUCAUUACGUCAGGAUUGAGCUUCUGUACCUACACCAUACGGGUGAAAGCGUCGGUAACCGAGAACUUGAUUCUAUCCCCGCAAUCGAGGACGUAUACAGCGGGGACUACUCGUACAGGCCCUGUCCGCCCGAUAUUGGCCGGUACCCCAUCCACCCCGAUAUUUUCAUGCACUCCUUUAAAGAUCCAGGGGAUCACACUGGGUCAGUAGCCGUGGCGAGGUUGCCCAAGAAGAUGAGGCGGCCGCUCACUUGCGCGAACGAUUCGUUGAAUAUCCCUACUGGUUGGGGUAUAUACAUUGUGGAGGGCUUGAACUGGCCUCUCGUCGGGAUUGUCAUUUCUCUCUUGAUGCUGGUUACCGCUGGUAUAGCUUUAGCGUGGAGUGUUGUGCAGAAAGAUGUUCAAGGUGGAACAGGAAUUGGUUCGUUGAUUGCCGCCCUGACUGAUGUGAUAGUGUCUGUUAUCUUUAUCGUAAAUCAGGAUUAA